AUGACAGGCCAGAAAGAACUCAAGAUCCUCACACCCAGCGGCCAGCUAGGCCAAGGCUUCCCUCAUGACUUAUUCUGGACUACUCUCGAACAAGGCGUCGACGCCAUCAUCAUGGACGGCGGCUCGACCGACAGCGGUCCAGGCCGACUUGCGCAAGGGAAAACAAACGUACCCGUGAACCGCCUGGAGCGAGAUUUGCAAGCCCUGGUCAAGGCUUGUCAUCUGUACAAGGUCCUACUACUGGUCGGGACGGCUGGAGGCGAUGGCGAGAACGCUUUCGUGAACCUGUGCAUCGAUAUCAUUCGGCAGACGAUCAAGAGCUGCGGGUAUCGCUCUAUGAAGGUCAUUGGGAUAUACUCUGAGAUUGACAAGGAGUAUGUUCGUGAGAAGAUGAGGGACGGGCUUGUCGGUGGUUGUGGUAGCGCUGUGCCGGAGUUGACUGAGAAUGACAUUGACACGAGCACGAGGAUUGUUGCACAGAUGGGCUUGGAGCCUUAUCUCAAGGCCAUGCAGGAGAACCCGUCUUUCGAUAUCAUCAUCGGUGGACGUGCUUAUGAUCCCGCCCCUUGUGCUGCGUACUGUCUUUACAGAGGAUUCACUGAUUUGGGUGUCAGCUACGCCAUGGGCAAGAUCCUCGAAUGCGGUGGCCUCUGCAGCGUCCCAAAGUCUCGCUCAGCCAUGGCAGUCGUCCGUCAAGACAGUUUCGACGUAACACCCCUCGACCCCAACUCGAAAUGCACACCAACUUCCGUUGCCGCACAUUUCCUCUACGAAAAAGCAAGACCAGAUAUCCUCCACGGCCCAGGCGGUCAUCUCGACUUGACGCAGACAUCUUACAAGCAAGUCGGGGAGAGGACGACGAGGGUCACAGGUGCGAAGUUUCUCCCUGAGCCUGAGGGGGAGUACACGAUCAAGCUGGAGGGUGCGCGGAGUAAUGGCUUCCAGACGAUCUUCUUGGGUGCUUUGCGGGAUCCAAUUGUGAUUUCUCAGAUUGAUGAGUGGAUUAAGUGGAUUGAGGCUGCUGUGAGGACGCAGUUUCCGCAGGAGUUUGAUUUGAAGGUUCAUACCUACGGAGUGAAUGUCGCCACUGCUGGAAACUUCGCGUGGCCUUUCACGCCUGCUGAGAUUCCGAUGGGCCCGCUUUCAGAAUUCUGCAUUUACCACAUUGUGCACAAGGCUGACCCUGUGGGUCUGUUUCCGUUCAAGUUGUAUGAGUGCGCUGGGGAGAACACAUUCAAGGGCGCUCCUGCAGGCAACGGCCACUCCAACACCAAACCACCCGCCCGCCUCCGACCAGCCCUAAAACUCACCACCAAAUACCCCCUCAAACCCUCCCCUCCACCAAACACCUGCUACCUCGGCGACAUCGCCUCCGUCGUCCGCAGCAAAAACGCCAGCCCCUACGAACUCACCUUCGACGUCAUGUUCUCCGACCCCACCGUCUACGAGCGCGUCAAAGCGACAGGCAUCCUGUCCGAAGAAACGAUCAUGAAGUUGUAUGGUAUUUCGAAGAAGGAUGUUGUGGCGACGUUGUAUUGGGAUCCGGCGAUGGCGUUUAAGGCGACGAUCAAGAGGGCUGUGGUGAGUGGCGGGUUUGCGGAGAGUGAUACGCAUGGGUCGCAGCAGCAUGUUCCGCUGUUGUUUUUGAGGUUGCCUUGGGGGAGGGAGUGA